AGGUGUGGGACCGCGUGGUUGCCGAGUUCCCGGAGGACGAGGUCCAGGAAGUCCUCAGGGCCAAGAUCAUAUCGCACUUGGUCUCCAAUGCCAUGACGAGAAGCGGGGUCGCGACGGGGCACCUCGGAGUGGUUCGCCGGGUCGGGCUGCUGGGGGCGGUGUCCGACCAGCUGGCCGCGUCCCUGGCGGAGCGCCUCGAGCCGCUCGUCGUGCUGCCGGGGCACGACGUCAUGGUCGAGGGUCAGAGGGCGAGCCGUAUGUUCGUGUUGCUGGACGGGAAGCUGCGGAGCGAGUACUCGUGCGGCACCUUCGUGUAUGGCUCCGGCAAGGUCUUCUGCGAGGCCGUGCUGCUCGGGGUGGUGAACUACUACCCGAGGACCGUCACUGCCAGCACCGUUUGCAUGCUGCUGUCGCUGGACCGCAAGUACUUCCAGGACCGCGCUCGCUGGACGGAAAAGGACUUGCAGAUGCUGGAGCCCCUGCUGCAGGAGGUGCAGGGGCGCAGGGACGCGGGCAUCGAGGCAGACAGGUUCGAGACGCGCAUGAUGAAUAACGUGUCUGCGUUCAGGAAUGCCGACCGAGAGUUCUUGGUCCAGCUGUGUGAGAACAUGGAGGACAAAUUCAUGCAGCCUGGCGAGGUGAUCAUGGCGCAGGGGGACCCGUGCAAGGCUGGCGUCACGCCCUUCUACGCCCUGAUCUCUGGAGACCUGGUGCUGGAGAACAACCACGGCGUGUACAUGGGGCACGUCACGCCAGGCGAGACGUUCGGCGAGUCGGGGGCGCUAGGGUUCUCGGACACCAGAACGCUGACCGUGCGCGCGACGCUGGCUGGGUGCGUGCACUGCGUGCGGAUCGAGGGAGUGGCCUGUCUUGCAGCAAUCAGGAAAUUUCCCUCGCAGCGAGCCGCCCUGGAGACGAUCAUAGAUGAAAGGUGGCACCACCACGCGGCCGGAGCCAAGAAACGCGCUCUGUGGAUCCGCGAUAAGGUUCUCCCGGUCCUGGAGGCCCAUUGGCUCUUCGCAGACAGCUCGCACGAGUUCGUGGCAGAGGUGGCGGUGGGGCUGUCGUCGGCCGAGUACGCGGCGGGCGACGUCAUCGCGAAGGCCGGCGACUCGGCGGACUCCAUGCUGGUGCUGCUCGAGGGCACCGCCGACGUGGAGACCAAGGACGGCGAGGUGCUCGGGUCGCUGAGGGCCGGUGCCUCCGUCGGCGAGGUGGCGCUGAUGGGCCUGUUUCCGUUGCGGCUGGCCACGCUGCGGGCGACCAAGGCGUGCUGCGUGCUCCCAGUGACCGAGAAGGCGCUGCGCCGCGCCCUCGCCGAGAUCUCCGACAACGGCGCGCGCAGGAGCGAGCUCGCCCUCGCCGAGCUGGCCGAGCAGCGGCGCUCGCAGGUGCAGCAGGGCCUCCCCAUGACCGGCCUGCCGCUGAGGGUGACCGAGGACAACAUUUGCGUGCGCGCCAUCGCGCUGCAGGCGAUGCGCAUCAGCCUCGCGCCAAACCAGGUCUGGGCGUGCCUCCCCGCCUCGCACCCGAGCGGUCCGCACUUCGGCGUGCUCGCCUCGGGGCGCGCCGUGAUCGAGAUGCGCCUCGAGGAGACGCCGAGCAAGCGGAUCAAGGUGCUGCCCCUCAACCCUGGCGAUCUGCUCAUGGAGGACGUGGCUGCGGAAUUCGGCAUGGAGCUCCGGGCCACCUCGGCCUGCGAGGGCUACCGUGUGCGCAGGGUCGACUUCCGCACGGCCACGACCAGGGCGCCCGCUGCGGCCGAGGAGGCGAAGGCCGUGCUCCUCCUGCUCCUUCUCGCGGGCUCUCUCCUGCCACGAUCGCGUCGCCGGGGCAGUGGUACCCGCACUUCCGCAUGCUUGAGGUUGAGGCGAUCAAGAUCCUGCGGUCGCGGGGCCAGAGCGUAUGUGGACAGCUGCAGGAUUGCCAGAACCAUCCGAGUUCCGAAGG